CUGACACCUGUUCACACUUGAUUAACGAGAAAACAGCCGCCUGUUGUGGAGCACAUAAAGGCAGAAAAAAGUCCAGCAAGUCCCACACGUCAGAGAAAUCAUGAAGUUGUUGAUGGUGAUCGUGUUCGUGCUGCUGCUUUCUGUCACAACUCAGCAAGUUGGCGCUUCAAAAGAUGUACAAGUUCAAGAUGAAGGCGUAAAGCCUGCCUGUGAGCAGUUCAAAGAACGAUUCUGCACCAGAGAGUUGGAUCCAGUGUGUGGCACUGAUGGAGAGACCUACCCCAAUUUGUGUGUCCUCUGCCAGCACAACAGACUGGAGGGGACACAUGUGAAGGUGGCAAGGAAAGGAUGGUGUUAGUAACUAAAAGUGCGCCCCUGCGCUGAGACAAAUUACGUCAGCAAAACCAGAAUUGGUCAAUAAAAGUAUGAUAAACCA